GAGUCAGGGACCAGACACACAUCAGCCAUGCUGCAACUGAAAUGGGUAUUCUCCGUAUUAUAUCUUCUCUCGCGAAGCCCUGUGUGUGAGGCUUAUGUGGUCAGACGGUCCGGCAAGGCACGAUCAUCAGAUGAGUCUUUCUCAGGAUUUCUUUCUGACCACCCUUUUAGCAGCCUGUCAGGUUCCUGCAAAAACAGGUGCUUUGAACUAGUGGAAAGUGAACCCCCAAACUGUCGCUGUGACAACCUGUGCAAAACAUACAAUACUUGUUGCUCAGACUUUGAUGAGCACUGCCUGAAAACAGCUGGGGACUUUGAGUGCAGUAAAGACCGCUGUGGUGAAACUCGCAAUGAACAGCAUGCCUGUCACUGCUCAGAGGACUGCAUGGCUAAAGGAGACUGCUGCACCAACUACAGGUCUCUCUGCAAAGGUGAUGUUCCCUGGUUGCAGGAAGAGUGUGAAGAGAUUAAAAACCACGAGUGUCCAGCUGGGUUUGUUCGGCCGCCGAUCAUCAUGUUGUCUGUUGAUGGCUUUCGUGCAUCUUACAUGAAAAGAGGAAGCAUGGUGAUCCCCAAUAUUGAGAAACUCAGAUCAUGUGGAACACACGCACCAUACAUGAGACCUAUGUACCCCACCAAAACCUACCCAAAUUUGUAUACAAUUGCAACAGGGCUUUAUCCCGAGUCGCAUGGAAUUGUGGGUAACUCCAUGCAUGACCCUGGCUUUGAUGCCAACUUUAACAUCCGUGGGAAAGAAAAGCUUAACCAUCGAUGGUGGGGAGGACAACCUAUCUGGAUAACAGCAGUGAAACAGGGAGUAAAGGCUGGUACAUUUUUCUGGCCAGUUGGCAUUCCAUUGGAAAGGAGAGUUCUGACCAUGUUGCAGUGGCUUCACCUUCCGGAUGCGGAGAGGCCAUAUGUUUAUGCAAUGCAUUCUGAACAGCUGGAUUCCUGUGGCCACAAACUAGGACCCCACAGCACUGAGCUUGACAGUGCACUGAAGGACAUUGAUAAGGUGAUUGGACAGCUAAUGAAUGGCCUGAAACAGAUGAAACUGCACCGUUGUGUCAAUAUCAUCUUGGUUGGAGACCAUGGCAUGGAGGAAGCUCAUUGUGACCGCACAGAGUUCCUGAGCUCUUAUAUGUCCAACACUGAGGACAUCAUCCUAAUUCCUGGGUCUCUGGGAAGAAUCCGAGCCCGAAAUUCAAACAACUCUAAAUAUGAUGCAAAAGCAAUUGUAGCAAACCUUACGUGUAAAAAGCCAGACCAGCACUUCAAACCUUACUUGAAGCAGCAUCUUCCCAAACGUUUGCAUUAUGCCAACAACCACAGAAUUGAGGAGGUUCACUUGAUGGUUGAGAGGAAAUGGCACAUAGCACGGAAGUUAUAUGAAUCAAAAAGGAAUCAUGGGAAAUGUGGGUUUGCUGGUGAUCACGGAUAUGACAAUAAGAUCAACAGCAUGCAGACCAUUUUCCUUGGAUAUGGACCAUCUUUCAAAUUCAAGACAAAAAUUCCACCUUUUGAGAAUAUUGAGCUUUAUAAUGUCAUGUGUGAUCUCCUUGGUUUGAAGCCUGCCCCUAAUAAUGGUACCCAUGGUAGCCUUAACCAGCUUUUGAGGGCCCCUGUAUACAUACCCAGCAUGCCUGAAGAAGUGUGCAAGCCAAACCCUGUAGGACCAGUCACAGCUCUUAAUGAUGACCUGGGCUGCACCUGUGAAGACAAGGUUAGCAAUAGAGUAUUUUUAGAUCUUAAUAAAUCCUGUUACAUGGCUAUUAGGAAAUGUUUAUUCUGAACACUUAUAAUAAUAGGUUUGUUAAGGUGAAAAUUACUAUUACUGCUAUUACUGUUGUUCAUGCUUACUCUAAUAUUUAGCUUUGGUGUGUAACUCAACACUUUUUUUAUCUGGCGGACAAAAAAAAACAAACUACUCAAGUAGUUUCACUGAAGUCGGGACCCAUAUCAUAUUUUGGGGCCACUUGGGACUACUCAGCAGCAUGCUAGCAACCACAUAGAGCACCAUUGCAAUCACAUAGCAACCAUGGACAAGCAUUACUUUCUUGCGAAAUUAUAGUUUCAAGAAUAUUUGUUUCUAUUGAAAAAUUGACAGUUCAGGAAUAUUGUGCACCGUUUUAUGAUUGUAGUUUUAAUGAAGAGGUGGAUGACUAGAUUCUAAAGUCUUUACUGUUGCAUCUUACAUACUAUCAGUUAUUGCUCAUAAAGUCUAUGCUUCAUGUCCAUGUACUAGAGAUGCACGGGAUGAGCUAAAAUGUCACCCGAAUUCACUGCUUCAAAUAAAUUAUUCACCUGUCACCCACCUGCACCUAUAUUUUUCUCUGAUUUAGAUAACCGACCCGAC